AUGGGAUAUCUGGAGCCGCAUGAGGACAGCAUGAUUUCAUUACCAAUCAAGUUUUGCCUUAUGCUGUUAGCGGGUUACCUAUUAUUUACCGCCGCAUUUGUCUAUUUUUUCGACGAAUGGAUGGGAUAUGUGCCAGAAUCCGGUCUGUCGUUCUUUACCGCUCUAUACUUCUCCUACAUAUCUAUUUCUACUAUUGGCUUGGGAGACAUUAUGCCGAAAAACGCCACGUUUCAUCCAAUCAUCUCCGCUUUGUUCUUUUUCGGGAUGCCAGUGAUGAAGGUUGUCAACCGGGCCACAUAUGUCUUCAUUGAAAACGGGGUAUUUGGUGCUUUUACGCUUCUCGAGAACUCUAUUGAUCGGUUAACAUCAAAGAUCCAACCAAAGGAAGAAGAGGUGAAUAGUCUUCGUCUGGGAACUCUUACAAAAAUUCGAUUUUCUGAUCAGGGCAGUUGCGAAAAUCGAAAUUUUCAGCCUUCAAUACGAUCUUCAAAGAAGAUCAGUCGCUGCAGCUACUGCACUCAUAUCAAUGAAGAGGUAGAAGAGGAUCAAGCCACUGAGUUGCUGAAUGGUUUGACGAUUCGUUCGUUGGCUGCGUUCGCAAGGGCGAACUCCGAUGUGUACGGUGGAGGGUUUGGACGAGUCAAUCUACGUGCUGGUGAUCUCGUCCAGUCAAGGACGAAUGUCAGUCAAAAUCCAGGCGGCACAUCACCUUGA